CCAUGCUCCAUGUGACCAGCGGCUUGUAUAUUGGCACUGCAGCUGACCUGAAUGACAGACAGGGUUUGGUAAAGGCAGGGGUGACUCAUGUCCUGACAGUGGACUCCACAGACCCUCUGCUUUCUCCGGACUCUGGACUUUGCACCAAGUGGCUCAACAUCAUGGAUGAAGCCACCUCUGACCUCCUCAGUCACCUUGACGAAUGUUUCCUGUUCAUUCAAGGAGCUGUGGAUGGAGGAGGUGCUGUGCUAGUUCACUGUCAGGCUGGUCGGAGUCGCAGUGCCACUGUCGUAACUGCUUAUUUAAUGAAGAAAUGUCAACUCAGUUUUACAGAGGCCUAUGACAAACUGAGGAAACUCAAACCUGAUGUCCAAGUCAAUCCUGGCUUCGAGGAGCAGUUGUGCCUGUAUGAAAAUAUGGAGUGUGAAGUGGACACAUCCAGUCCACUGUACAAACAAUACAGACUGUCCAAGAUCAUAGAGAAAUUCCCAGAAUUACAGCAUGUUCCCAAAGAAGUUUUUGCAGUUGACCCAGCAAAUCUGUGCUCUUCUGAAGUGUCAUAUCGCUGUAGAAAAUGCCGGCGAACUCUUUUCCGUGAUUCCAGUAUCCUCAGUCACUCAGUAGGAGAUGGUGCUUUUCAAAAUAAGAAAUCCAGUAAUCUGUCAGGUCAAGUGCAGUGCACAUCUUACUUUAUUGAGCCAGUUCAAUGGAUGGAACCAUCUUUACUUGGAGUCAUGGAUGGACAGCUCUUAUGUCCUAAAUGUAACUCAAAGUUGGGCUCCUUCAACUGGUGUGGUGACCAAUGUUCAUGUGGUCGUUGGGUCACUCCGGCGUUUCAGCUCCAUCGCAACAGAGUGGAUGAAAUACGACAGGUCAACCUACACAAAUAGCAAUAGCUUAUUAUGCUUAACAAUAAUGGAAAAUGUAAAUAAAAUAUGUGCUGAGAUUUUAAAAUGUGGCCAGUGUUUAUGUCAAAUAU